AUGGCUGCGUAUUCAGCGAGAAAUCGCAAUGAUUUGGAAGAUACAUUGUCAUCUAUCUCCACUUCCCAAAAUCUUCCUCAACGACCAAAGAGUCGUUUUAGAUCAAAUGCCUCAUCCUCAUCUUCUCGAGAAUUUGAGUUUGGUUUAAACUCAACCAACACCCAACACCACACCAUAAGCAGCGAUUCUCACAACUCCUUCAACUACUUUGAUCCGGACAAUUCCGCUGAGCAAUGCUUUAUGUCAACCGAAUUGGACAUUGAUAGACAGUUGCGCAGGCAAGCACAACGAACUGAUAUCGAAAUUCGCGAUACUGCUAAGAAAUACAAUCGAUGGAGCCCAAGAAAAGAGCCGGAGAUUUCUGUCAGCAUGCAGGACAUGGAGAAAGUUUUUGAAGACUUCACCGGAGGAUCUUCUCAAAUUAAUGGAACGAAUGAUAGUUCUAAAUUGGCCUCGAAAAUCACAAGACUGGGCCAAGAUAAUACACCCUGCCGAGCUCCAAAAUCGAAAUUGUCUGAACGAUUGACUUCAGGCUCCAAGAACAAGUCCAGAUUCAACACCACAUCAGCAACUGAGAAAGCUCAAUCUGCAAAUACACCAAAGAGAGUUGUCAAAGAUAUACUUGACGACCACGAGUUUUCCUUGGACCUUUCACAUUCAGUCCAUAACAAGGAGAACAUGCUACCUAGACAACGACCCUCCCAUAUUCCAGGAAGCUCCAAGCAUGAGAAGAUGGAUCAAGCCGAGUACAAUGAAAGACAAGUACUAGCAGAGCUAGAAACUCUCAUCAAGGACCAUCCAGCUAACGCAUCGAUCCGUUCUGGCAAAGUUGCUAAAGCUAAAGCAGCAAGCCCAACUUUUACAAUGUCCACAACUGCCAACGGAUCAUUCGCCAUUCCAGAAGUCCACAAUAUUACCAAGUUGGUUGACAACACAUCAACCUCAUUGCCCAAGAAAUCCGAGAUUUUUGAGCAACGCGCCGAACCUAUGGGAAAAGAAGAGGUCGACAUCUAUCGAGCCAUUGACGAACUUCAACAACAAGUGGCUGUGUUGUUGAACGAACGAAAGGAGAGGGACUCUGUCAUAUCUUCACUUCGAAACCAGUUAAAUGAGCGCCAAGCACAAGACACCGUUAUCUCUUCCCUCAAACACGAACGAAAGGAGCAAGAUGCCAUUAUGUCUACUUUAAGAACCGAAAAUCAGCGUAUGGCGGCAACCAUACAUCAACUCGAUAUACAAGUUCAUACACAGCGUGUCGAAAACGAAAGAAUGGUUAAAUCCAUCUCGACUUUAGAAAGCUCUGCAACAUCACACGAAGCAGAGAAGCAACAAAUGGAAAAGACAUUUGCUGAACUUUCGUCCGCAAACGAAGACCUUAAAGCCAACAAUGAAAACAUGGCAAGCCAGCGGGAUUUGGUUCUUAGCCGUUACAAAAGCCUUGUCGAGCGAUUCGACACUAUAGAACAACAACGUCCAGCAGAUGCUGAGACCUUACCACCGAAAGAACAUCCCAGCAUGAAGACAUCACCAAACCAAUGUCAGAAAAACAAUGAGACAUUGAAUGGUCAGGUUGGUGGAUUACAGGAUGAGGUUGAGGAUGAGGAUGAGGAUGAGGAUGAUAUCGAUGACACCGCAGAUAUCACUAUGCGACCAACUAUGGAGCCGCAGCUUGCUUUAAAGCAAAUCAUGUCAAACGUUCAUAAUCAAAUUGAACAAUUGAGUGCUCAACAUUCGGCCAAAGCGGCUGAAUUACGUGCUCUGGAUAAGAGCAAAAAUCUUCGAUUAAGAAGAUCAAUCGCGGAAUCUUUGAAGAUACUUGUCGAUCAGAUUUCUUCACAUAGCGAUUUUCUAUAUCGUUUGAAGGAUGUUUCUUAUGCAUUCUAA